CUUUAAAACACAUGGCCUCUUCAUCUUUUCAGUUUUUAUCAGACAACCGUCAAGUGCAAUACCAGGAAACUGAUAAUAUGAACUUAACAUAUUUUCAAUAUUUUGAGAACUAUCAAGAACAAUAUCAAGAUCAUCUAGGAGGAUAUCAAGUAAAUAAUCAUAUUACUUCUUUAGAGAACCAACAAAGACGGUAUCAAGAAACUGAUACUCACUCAGAGACCCAUCAAGAAGGAUAUCAGCUUCUCUUAGAGAAUCAUAAUGAACAAUAUAAUGAGUUUGCCUAUAAUGCCAAAUCUAUUUCCCUUCUCGAAGAAAAAGAGCCUAAGCACAAUGAAAAAGAGUCUCAAUGCAAUGAAAGAGAGUCCCUGCUCAGUAAAAGAGAAUUUCUGCUCAAUGAAAGAGAGUUCCAAAUCAAUAAAAGAGAGUCUCAGCUCAAUAAAAAAGAGUAUCAUCUCAAGAAAGAGGUGUCUCAACAGAAGACAGCCAAUGCUUUCCUUGUUUACCUCAGGGACAUACUUGGAGACGAUUUCUUUCUUUACCAUGACAAGUUUCUAGAGUCUUUACAAAACUCUUCGUCGUCUCUGGAAAUGAAAGAAGAAAGGAAAAGAAAAGCAGCUGCAUGUGAUAUUUGCCGUGGCUGGAAAAAAAGAUGCGUUGGAG